AAGACAGAUGAGGACUUUAUUAUCUGCAGUUCCUGAGAAAUCACAAGAGAAAAUUAAAUUCCUUUUCAGAUCUACAACUGACUGCCCUGAACAUAUUGUGAGACAGGUAAUUUGAAGAAGGAGCGCCAUGGAUUACUACAGAAAAUAUACAGCUGCCAUUCUGGCCAUCUUGUGUGUAUGUCUGCAUGAUCUCCAAUCUUUUCCUGACAGAGAGUAUACAAUGCAGGGUUGCCCAGAAUGUAAGCUAAAGGAAAAUAAGUUGUUCUCCAUGUUGGGUGACCCCAUUUAUCAGUGCGCAGGCUGCUGCUUCUCCCAGGCAUAUCCCACUCCAGCAAGGUCCAAGAAGACAAUGUUGGUUCCAAAGAACAUCACUUCAGAAGCCUCUUGCUGUGUGGCCAAAGCAUUUACCAAGGUCACAGUUAAGGGAAAUGUCAGAGUGGAGAACCACACGGAAUGCCACUGCAGCACUUGUUAUUAUCACAAAUCUUAAACCUUUUGCAAAAUGCAUGAUGAUGAUUACUGAUUCCAUGGGAUGGAAAUUCAAGUUGCUCAGUGUUUGUAGCCUCACAAAUUAAAGCCCUCCUUUCCUUACCAGACCAUUUUGAUGUGCUUCAAGGAUAUACAGCAGCUUUAUCCCUUUCUCCUUAUCCUACAGUAUAAUCAACAGUCUAGCUCUUUUCAUCCAGAAUGAAAUAGAGUGUUUAGUAUGAUCAUAAAAACCUGGCUCCAUGGAAAAUAAAGCCUUUAAGCUAUCAUUCAA